UUCCACAUUCCCAAAAUUUACGGGUUAAGGUUAGUAAAUUGUGGGCAUGCUACGUUGGUGGCAGAAGCAGCGCGACAUUUCCGAGCUGCGUCCCCCACUACCGUGCUCAUAAUGUCUGUGAUGGUUACUGGCGCAGAAUUAUGCAUUUCACUGUUCGUUUCGAUGUACACGUAACAAACAAAGCGAACACAUGUUUUAUUUGCGGUGUAAAAUGUAAAAUACCAAGAUACAGUGGAAAGCUUCUCUUUCAUAGAGAUCAAAUCAUUGAGGCAGAAUAUGGUCAAACAAUUACAAUGCAGAAAGCACAUUAUCAGGAAUACUUAGUGACAGAUGAGUGAGAUUUCAAACGGUACAACGAUUAUCAUAGAAGUAAUAUAUUAAUUUUCCUGGGAGCAGUUUGCAAUGAGUCGUCACGCUCCAGUGACAUCUUCAGAAGUGGCGUGAAACAUUUCUCUGUUCAUCCUUCCACGGCGUGGCUCAGAAUUUUAGAAACUGCCUUUUGAGUGAGUUUGGAGUUGUUAGUCGCUGUCUUUCAGGAUCCCAGGCUGCCUGCCGGGAGAGAACAGCGGCGGUCCUCCAGCAUCCCAGAAUGCUGCGGGCCGAUCACCGGCAGCCCGAGUUGCCCCGGGAGAUGUGACUGUCGGCAGCCCGGUGCCCGGCCAUGGGGAACGAGCGGAGCGCGGCCGGGGGCGGCAACUCCUCUAGUCGGUCAGUCCCCGCCACGAAAUGGAAGGGGGCUGUGUCCAAGAUGGGGCUGUCGCUCUCGAGCUGGUUUUCAGGGCCCUUCCUGACAGCCGGGACACGCGUCCAGGAGCGGCGACGACCAUCUGAGGAGCGAGGCACGGCCGGCUGCUCCGGAAGCACGGGAUGGCCCUUCCCUCGAUUCAUCUCGCUGUUCUUUCCGGUUUUCCCCUACAAAUCCCAGCAGAUGGCUCACGAGUUCCAGGACGUUGAAUUCAUCGCCAAAGGCUCCCUGGGACCCAUCUUGAAAGCCCGUCGAAGGACCGACAAGAAAAUUUAUGCAGUGAAGGUGCUGCUGAAAACAGAGGUGGUACGGCAAGGAAUCCUGGAACAGUGUAUCGAUGGAGUUGUCAUUCAGUGUGUGAUUAUCACUGUGCUGGCGACCUCUCGAGGCUCUGGAGUGAUCGAAAACCACUGGCUGAGAGCAGAGUGCGAGUCUUUGCAGCCGAAUUGGGCUCUGCCAUCGAUUUGGAAGGUACGGCCCAGAUCCGGGUCAGGAUCUGUUCAGCAGUCUCAUCACAGUUGGAAAGAAGCUGUUCCCAAAUCUGGCCGUACGAAUCUUCAAGCUCCUGAACCUUCUCCCGGGGGGAAGAGGAACAAAAAGUGUGCUGGCUACGUGGGUUGUGUCCUUGAUUAUCCUGGCAGCACUGAUUUAUUAUUUAUUAUUCACGGGUCUAGAUGGCAGAAAGUCGAGGGCUCUGCCGGGGCCAACUGCCUGCCCCUCUUCCGAGGCAACGUUCAUGCCCAGCUGUCCUCAGAGAGGGAGCAUAUGGUCACAGUGGGGAACUUACAGGAGCAGUGGGCUUCCUGGGGUUUCCUUCACGAUUUUGGAGUCAUCCACCGAGACGUGAAGAUGGAGAACAUUCUUCUGACUGAGCGGGGCCAUAUCAUGCUGACGGAUUUCGGGUUGUCUCGCAGACUCUGGCGGGGAGAGAGGGCUCACACCAUCUGUGGAACUGUCCAGUACAUGGCUCCCGAGGUGUUGAGGGGCAGCCCCUACAACCACUCGGCUGACUGGUGGUCUCUCGGAGUGCUUCUCUACGCGUUGGCUACUGGCGAGUUUCCAGUGGAGUCUCAAUGUGACCACGUGUCCAUGUGGAAGAGCCUGCAGCGAGUUCACGUUUCCCCACCGACCUCCGUCAGCCAGGACCUCGCCUUCCUCCUCUCUGAGUUGCUGUGCCCCGACCCUCGGCUCCGCCUGCACCGCCUCGACGCCUUCAGUGAGCAACGUUUCUUCAGCGGGCUGUCCUUUGACCCUGAGCUGCUGCACAGGCAACCAGUGGAGUUCAGCAUCCCCACCGGAGACCAGCCCCAACCCAGCCCCUACCCACUGCUCUUCCCCAGCUUUGACUGGCAGGCUGAAUGAGGGACUCCCCUUGCCUCAGUCCCUCCCUCCACCAAUGGGACAUUCCCUCACUCCAUCUGUCCGUCAGCCCUCCGUCCCUCACUCCUGCUCCCCCUCCAUCCCUCACUCCCACUCCCCUCUGUCCCUCACUUCUGCUCCCUCUCCAUCCCUCACACCCUCUACCCCUCCGUCCCUCACUCCUGCUCCCCCUCCAUCCCUCGCUCCCACUCCCCUCCGUCCCUCACUUCUGCUCCCUCUCCAUCCCUCACUACCUCUACCCCUCCAUCCCUCGCUCUCUCCCCGUCCCUCACUCCGUCUCCCCCUCAUCCCACACUCCUGCUCCCCCUCCAUCCCUCACUCCAUCUCCCCCUCCAUCCCUUGCUCCCGCUCCCCCUCUUUCCCUCGUUCCAUCCUCAACGAGGGACAAAGGCAGAAAAAAGGAAAUUAUAAACCAUUUAGCCUGACCUCAGUGGUUGGGAAAGUGUUGGAGUUGAUUAAUUAAGGAUGAGCUGUAGGGUAGUUGGAGGCACAUGAUAAAAUGGGCUGUAGUCAGCAUGGUUUCCUCAAGGGAAAAUCUUCCCUGACAUAUCUGUUGGAAUUCUUUGAAGAUAUAACAAGAAGGGUAGACAAAGGAGAAUUGGUGGCUGUUGUAUAUGCAGGUUUUCAGAAGGCCUUUGACAAGAAGUGGCAGAUGGAAUACAGUGUUAGGAAGUGUGUGGUCAGGCACUUUGGCAGAAGAAAUGAAAGCAUAGACUGUUUUCUAAAUAGGGAGAAAAUCCAAUAAUCUGAGGUGGAAAGGCACUUGGGAGUGCUUGUGCAGGAUUCCCUAAAGGUUGAUUUGCAGGUUGAGCCAGUGGUGAGGAAGGCAAAUGCAUCGUUAGCAUUCAUUUUGAGAGGACGAAUAUAAAAACAGAAUGAGGCUGUAUAAGGCAUGGGUGGGGCCUCACUUGCAGUGUUGUGGGCAGUUCUGGGCCCCUUAUUUGAGAAAGGAUGUGGUGACAUUAGAGAGCAUUCAGAGGAGGUUCUCAAAACAUGGGAAUGAAAGGCUUCGUGUAUGAGGAAUGAUUGAUGGCUCUGGGCUUGUACUCACUGGAAUGUAGAAGAAUGGGGACAUCGGUGUGGGAGGGAGUUGAAUGUCGAAAGGCCUAGAGUGAAUUUGGAGAAGAUAUUUCCUAUGGUGCAGAGAGUCUAGGAUCAGAGGGCACAGACUCGAAACAGGGGAAUGUCAAUUUAGAACAGAGAUAGGGAAUUUCUUUAGCUAGAGUGGCAAAUCUGUGAAAUUCAUUGCCACAUACAGUUGUGAAGGCCAAAUCAUUGGGCAUAUUUAAAUCAGAGAUCCAUAGAUUCUUGAUAAGUCAGGGCGUGAAAGGUUAUGGUGAGGAGGCAGGAGAAUGCGGUUGAGAGGGAAAUGGAUCAGCUAUGACCAAAUGGUGGAGCAGACUCGAUGGGCCAAAUGGCCUAAUUCUGUGUAUGUCUUCCCUCAACCUCCAUACCUCUCUGCCUCCGUCCCUCACUCCCUCUCUCUGCUUUCCCUGCACACAUGCAUUCCUCCCCCUGGCAGAAAUACUCUCCACCUCCAUCCCUGUCGCAAUCUCCCAAUCACCCAUUACCUCUCCCUUUGUUCUCUUGCCCCUGCUCCCUCAUUACCUCUCUCAAUCUCUCAUCCUGAUGCCCCUCUCCCUACCCCCACCUGCCCCUCACUCUGUUUUCCCUCGUCCAAGGCUCUGUCUGAGUUGUCAGCAAAGGUGUAUCCCGUAUCUCCAUCCCUCAAAGUAAAUUUAUCACAUCACCCUAUACAACCCUGACAUUCACAGUAAAUACAAAGGAAAAAGCAAAACAAUAAUAAAUAAACAAACAAUAAAUAUAUCGUGAACAAGUCCUUGAAAGUGAGUCCAUAGGAUGUGGGAACGUGUCAGCGAUGGGGUGAGUGAAGUUAUCCCCUCUGGUUACAAGUGGUAAUAACUGUUCCUGAACCCUGUGGUGUGAGUCUUGAAGCUCCUGUACCACCUUCCUGAUGACUGGAGCAAGAAUAGUUCAUGAUCUAGGUGGUGGGGGUCAUAAUGAUGGAUGCUGUUUUCCUGCGACCUCUCCAUGUAGAUGGUGUGGGACUGGGCUGUGUCCACUACUUUAUCCAGGAUUUUCUGUUCAAAGGACAUUGGCAUUUCCAUACCAGGCUGUGAAGCCACCAGUCAAUAUACUCUCCGCCACACAUGCAUGGAAGUUUGUCAAAGUUUUAGAUGCCAUGCCAUCUUCACAAAUUUCUAAGAAAGUAGAGGUGCUGGGCACAGGACAGGACAGGUCCUCUGAAAUUCUAACAUUGGGGAAAUUAACGUUACUGAUCCCCUCCACCUCUGAUUUCCCCGCCUGCCCGGUUCCUCCUCCUGAAGUCAAUAAUCAGCUCCUUGGUCUUGCUGAUAUUGAGUGAGAAGCUGUUGUUAUGGCACCACUCAGUUAGAUUCUCAAUCUCUCCAAUUCAUUACCACC